CAUACAGAAGAAUUCUUUUUUUAUUAUAGGCACUUCUAGUUGUUAUUACUCGUAUGAAUAAUAAGAAUGCAAUAAACAGCAUAGUGAAAGUAAUGUAAUUUCAGUCAGUAUAUUGAACUUUAAAUUUCUCUUUAAUUAACAUUCCGUAUUUUAUUGAGUUAUAAAAACAUUUUAUAAUGAACAAUAAUUAAUUUGUUUAUUUUCCAAACAGUCAGCAAUUCAAUGGCUGUGCAAACAGCAGGCACCCCAGUUGAUUCACUAGAGGUGAAAGUCAGUGAAGGAACUCUAGCAUCACCAUCUCCUUCCGUAGCAUCGCCAACACAAACUGUGAUACAGGAGCAGCCUCUUAGCAGCUCCCCCACCAUCAAUUCCUCACCACUUAAUACAACACCACUUUCUGCACAUAAAGAGAAUAUUCCCCUCUCAAACCAUGUGAAUAAUAGGGUGGACUCUAUUCCAAAUGGUCAUGACAAGUCUGUAUCACCAGCACGUGUGGGAGAGAUGGAAGGAGAGUCCAGGAAAAGAAAAUACCCAAGUGAUAAGGCUUAUUUUAUUGCCAAGGAGAUCUUGACCACAGAGAGGACAUACAAAAAAGAUCUUGAAGUAAUGAACUUGUGGCUGCGAGAAGAGGUGGGAAAGGAGGAAGGAAUGCCAAAUGAUGUUCUCUCUCAGCUGUUUAAACUAGUCGACCCCAUAUAUGAGUUUCAUGCACAGUUUCUUAAAGAACUUGACACCCGACUUGCGCAAUGGUAAGUAAUAGAGCUUGUGU